AUGAACUCAACGGAAAAUUAUUCUCGAUUUCUUGCUUGUCAACGUAAUAUAUUGGAAUAUGUCCGCAAAUUUGGGCUUGGCUACUUUGGAGUAUUAAUAGUUUUUGGUACCAUUGGGAACAUCAUAAGCUUGCUGGUAAUUCGUGGAGUGGGACAGACAUAUCGCCAGCGUUCUUAUCAGAUCCAGAAGGAACCAUCAGAGGAACAAGGACAGGAGCUUUCCGCUUUGCAAAUCGGCUUAAGGCACAACACUUCGGUUAACAUUGCUAUUGAGCCCUCUCAAUCCCCCUCGUCCAAAGCGAAGACAGGUGGACCAAAACCAUCUGGAACUGGAGCAUUUAGUCAUGCCAGACUCUCUAUCUCCAGUCCAUCUGCUGUCCCUAAACGCCAACCCAUGAGAAAGCAUCCCUCUAAGUCCAUUUUUACGGCUCUUGCGAUAGCUGAUACAGUUGCUUUAUGGGUCAAUCCCAUACGCUAUUGGAUACUUUUCGCAUUUGGUUUUGAUAUUCGACAGCAUGACGGUGUAACAUUGUGUCGGGUACACACAUUUCUCACCUACGCUACGCGAGAUAUUGCCAUCUGGGUAUUAUGCCUUUUAACAUUUGAGCGUUACUUAAUUGGGUGUUUUCCACACAAGGCAAAAAUAAUCUGGAGAGGACGUCGUAAGGUUUUCGCCUGGGUCGGAAUCUUUGCUGUUAUUUUGGCCAAAAACUCGAUUCUCAUAUUCAUUUUGCAACUUAUCUAUCCAGACGACGUGGGAGAGUUUGCAAUUGUGGGACCAAGCUAUGCCAGAUUGAAUUCUUCAAGACUACUCCUCUGUGACACUUUGGAUCUUACCUCACGAAGAGUCUUCUUCUAUCUUGACAUAGUGAUUUAUAGUCUAGUACCAACAGGCCUUCUUCUUGUUCUGAACAUAGCCCUUUUUAAAGUAAUUCAGCAGCGAACCUUCAUGCGUCGCAGAUGUAGAUUCUCCCCAAAAUCAGAUGAUGUAAGUGCUGCUCCUCGAGAGGAAAGCAUGCAAAAUAGUGUGAUCAUGCAUUCGGGAUCAUUAAAAAUCAAGGGCUCAGUGGUUCAAGCAAAUCGACUGUUAAUUCCGGUAGGCAUUUUUCACCUGAUAACUUCUGUACCCAUUUGCAUAUUUUCCAUUGUUGAAGAUUCCAUGCAGCUAAAGCGCAGUCCUUCUGCCUACGUGCGAUGCGUGGCAAACGCAUGUGGAUAUCUGUUGGUAAUGUUGGGCGCCACCACAUAUGGAGUUAAUUGCCUAAUUUACUUUCUCAGUUCACGACAAUUUAGGGAGCGCCUCUACGCCCUCACCUAUCCCACUCGCCUUGCCAGAGACGUUGAGCCCACCUCAUGUUUUCUCGACCCAAAUACUGCUAUGGGUUCUCCUCAUAAUCCGAAAGACAGGAAUAUCAAGGACGAGAACCCUGUAGAAUCAAUGCAAUUCUGCAAUGACGCUCUCCGUUCCUCCUGA